AUGUUAACGCUUAGAGGAGACGCUCAUGCUCGGCCGUUGUCGCCUGCCACCCACGAUGUAUGGGACAUCUUUACAGAGGUGGACAUUGCUGAAAUGUUUGCGUUUUACUUUGACAAUCUCAACAGGGCCGUCACUGUCCUCGACCCCGUCCUGCACACCCCGGCAGCAUGUGCCGCGUCCUCUCCAUUACUGUUCACCACCGUGCUUGCGGUGACAUCCAAGGUCACUCGUCCGCGCGAUUACGAUGUAGUCCUUCAACGCGCCAACGGCCUCCUCGGCCACGCAAUGGAGGCCGGUUUACUCGACCUUGAAAUAGUCCAGGCUAUCAUUCUUCUCACCCAUUGGCGCAAAGUCGAUGACCAGUCGGCAUACCGUCGUAUUGGCUACGCGGUGCGCAUGGCAUACGAACUCAAACUUAGUGUCCGUGGCCCACGGCCGUUGCCCACAGACGAGAUCGCGGCCAGAAAGGUUCUCAAUCCGGAACGCACGUGGCUAAUCCUUGUCAUUGCCGAUCACAACAUUUCUAUCCAUCGUUCGCUACCGCGCACAGUAAGCGCCGACAGCAAAGACGAUGACGUUGCCGACUGGGACAUGUCGUCGACCCCGUACACGUGCCCGGGACAGUCGACACUGGUCCCCUGGCUCGAGUUUGCGCGCCUUACCGUGCUGUACAAGGAGCUGCUCAUGGGACAGUUUGACAACCCGUCAUCCCAGACCGUCCAUGCUUGGCUUGAGGGAAACUGGCGACGGUGGCGCGGCAAGUGGCUGCUUAGAGCGGACGAGCACGGGUUUGAAAGGGGCCAAGUGUCAAUGGUCAAGAUAUUUGACGCACUCUUCCUCUUCCACCUGCGUGAAUAUGGCUUCUUCUACGCCCUCCGUCACAGCAACAACCAAGACGACUUUGACAGGGCUGAAGCCACCCAGCUGCCCAUUGCAUUUUCACUGUGUGUGGACGCGGCCCUUGCCAUCGGCGACGUCUUCCACGCAGACUUUGUGCAACAUGAUUACCUGUCGUACUGCUUUGAUCUCCUCUGGGUUGCACUGGUGAUCAGUAUGAUCUGGCUUGUUCGCAACAUGACCGCAAUGUCACCCGACCAUCGCUCGAGGGUUAUUUCCUCCUUGACUGCCAUCCAGGCCGCUACGGGGAAUGCCUCCAACAGCCAUGACGACAUGUCUGCUUACAUCUUCCGCUUAACAAAGCACAUCCUUGACAGCGCGAAGAACGGUACACGCGGCUUGCCAGAUCCCGAUACAUCGGUGGUUGACCCCGCGGGACUCGCACCCGAAUGGACAGUGUCCAGCACGUCUGAGAUCAUCCGCGAACAGCUCUGGCACCACACUCCCGUGUCAGCGCCACAGCCGUAUGCGUACAAUCCAGUUCCACAGGUGCAGGAAAGUCAAGCUCCACUGCUCGACGCCCUGUUUCCCGCACCAGAUGACGAUAUCUGGCGCCUGCUCAUACCGGACACUGGACAGUUACCUACGGGACAGUUGGCGCAGCUGGCUGGCUUCUAG